UUCAUGUCACCUGGCUCAGGUGUUUAUUCAUAUUUCUGUGUUUGAGUCAGAGACAGACAGAGCUCGUCACGUGUUGGUCAGAUGAUCUUUAGAGUUUGUGUUUAUUCAUACACAGACACAACAUACAACAUGUCUACAGAGUGUCCACACGUCCUACGUACAAAGAAUCCGUCCCCAGGUCUUCUUAAAGUCAGUUUGUCCUUGAUCAUAUUGAACCUUUUGCAUGGUGCUGUUCCAUGGUCUGAGGAUGUUGGACCAGCUGGGCCCGUCCUGACUCCUAAAGGUCCUGGUUCAUGUUUAGAUCUAUGAAAACCAGCAGAACCCGUUCACCUCAUGUUGAUCUGUGGUCACAUCAGGAGUCAGGAGGCUUUUAUCCACAGUGGAACUACUUUUAUCAAAUAUUUCAAAUAUGUCAUUUUAAAAGUUUUUACAUUUUAUUGGAUUUCUGAAAACCAUCUUGCGACCCGCCGGGGGGUCCCGACCCACACUUUGGGAACCAGUGCUCUCUGUCUUUACACCAGUUUCCAUCAGAUUACAUGUAACGUGUCUCCUCCAGCAUCAGUGACUGCACAUGGAGGACUCUGCUGGUUUACAGGGACCCGGUCCACCUUCACUUGCAGGGACCUGGAGCCGGUCCGAUUCUUAGAGAGAGUUCGGUUCUGCUGUAAACAGCUGGCCGUUUGUCAGAGCUCUCUCUCUCCCUCUGAUGGUGUUUGGACCUCCCUCUCUCCGUCCCUCCCUCCCUGCAGCAGCAGACGGGGUCGAGCCGCCUCUCCGCCGCCCGGAGCUCAUCUCCAAACCACCGAAUCACGUCUUCUCUGACCGGGACGCUCUCCACCCUCCGCCCGCAGCUGCUCGGGAGACACGCGGACACAUGUCGGAUGGAUUCUGUCAAACUGGGCUUUUAGAGUUCUAGCGUGUGGACGUGCAGUGCAGGCUGGUUCUGAGGGGAGUUGUUGAAAGCUCCGGGAGAGUUUGAUCCAAUGCGUCCGGAGCGGCCGGGUAUCCAGCAGGAACACCGCCACAGACAGGCCGACAGAGAGGACCGAUCAGCGGGCUGUGCAGGGACUCACCGGCCGCUGGACGUUACAUGUCUCCGCUCCCCAUCGGCACCGAGGUUUCUACUUCCUGUGACAUCAUCGCACCAUGCCUGAGGGGUCACGGCGCGGCAGCCAGAGAUCGCCUAGCAACACAGCCGCCAAGCGUCCCUCCUCAGUCUCGUCUCUGAGUGGGAUUGUGGGUAGGAUGAUGUCGUCCGGUGAGCGAGGAGCCUCGUCCUCCUGCACCUCCGUCAACACUGUCUGUUCGGACGGCGAGCGUCCCGCCUCCCUCUCCCUCUCCUCCUCUGCCUCCUCCGUCUCCCUGCAGGACACCUCCCACUCCUCCUCGUCCUCCUCCUCCUCUUCCUCUCUGCCGUACGGCGCCGUGCCGACGUACAACGCCUCCUCCUCAUCGUCAUCGUCCUCCACGCCGAAAAGGAACGGCUCAGACAUCAGCCUGGAUCUGACGCCCCUCGUCACGCCACAUGGAGGAGGAGGAAGAGGAGGUGGGGUCGCCACCAAGGUGACAGGUGGAGGUCACCCCCCUAAUGGACAUGUCGCCAAUUCAAUGGCAGCGGCGGCGGCAGUGGUGACGCCCAGACAGCUUUCACGGCUGGAGCGAGUUGCGCUGGAGAUCGUAGAGACGGAACAAGCCUACGUCAGAGAUCUGAAGAGCAUCGUGGAGGUAAGACAUCGUCCACAUGACGUCUAACCAGAGAUGGAGGAGGUCUUCAUGACUU